AAUGGGAAUGUUGCACAAUUUGGCCGAUUUGAUUAAAAUCAAAAAGGACAAAAUGACGAUUCUAGUACUGGGCCUGAACAACAGCGGCAAAUCCACGAUAGUCAACCACUUCAAGAAACCGGGUGACCAGUCAGCCAUUAUGGUUCCCACAGUGGGCUUUAUGGUGGAGCAGUUUUACAGCAUGGCAGGAGUUAGCAUAAAGGCGAUCGAUAUGUCGGGCGCCACACGCUACAGGAACCUUUGGGAGCAUCAGUUCAAGAACUGCCAGGGGAUUAUAUACGUCAUUGACUCCAGUGAUCGCAUGAGAUUCGUUGUGGUGAAAGAUGAGUUGGAUCUGGUGCUACAGCAUCCCCAUUUGUGCAAUCGAACUGUGCCAAUUCUUUUUUAUGGAAACAAAUCGGACGCAGAGGAUUCCCUAUCCAGCGUCAAAAUAGCAGCAGCACUCAGUUUGGAAAACAUCAAGGAGAAACCCUGGCACAUCUGCUCCAGCAAUGCCAUAUCCGGCGAGGGCCUCGGCGAAGGUGUCCAGUGGCUGGUCCAGCAAAUGCGCUUCGCCAUGCUAAGCAACAAGGACGCCUCCAAAGCCAAGUCCAAGCAUAGCAAAUGAUGCUCAAAGCCUGCGAAUGUUUCUUCAGUUAAAUAAAAGGGUUAUUUUUAAACAAGGAAUUAUUGU